GCUCGAUGAUCAACAGUGAUUUGAUCUCCCUCUUGGUACACACUCAGCAUACUUAAAUGAGAUUCCCAAUUUGAUUGGAGAUUUUGACUUCUAGCUUUAUUUUGGUGAUGAUUAAUACAUUAGUGAUCCAACAAUUUUAUUCUUGAUGAUUUAUUGUUUUAAUUUCCAGCAAAUUUCUCCACCCGCCUUCAGCUUUGAGCGUUGGCAAGAGGAAACCUGUUUUAUCCAAUGGAUACUUUAUUCUUUGUUGGAGGUUAUCUUUUAUCUCCUAUAUAUGAAAUGCUAUCAGAAAAGUUGAAAGAUUAUGUAGGUGAUCAGCUAUGGAAUUCGGAUGAGGAAGUACAUCCCCAGAUGGAACACUGGAAGAUUCUAUUGCCCAAAAUCACUGCUGUACUUCAACAUGCAGAAGAAAAUCCAGUUGCCAACCAGUUCGUGAAGUUACAUCUUGAUGAUCUCAAGGACUUGGCUUAUGAUAUGGAGGACAUACUUGAAGAGUUUGUGAUUCAUGCCAAGAGGUCCAAAUUGAGUGCAGAAAAUGCGGCCAGACCCAGCAAGCUUCCAAAAAUCAUCUCUAGUGUCUUUUUUGGAUCUAGAGCUAAGCCUAAUCCAAAGCUUGAUUCCAUGGUGAAUGAUCUAAGUGGUAGAUUGCAGAAAAUUCAUGAUGGGAUGCAUAGUUUGGACCUAGCCAAUUUGGAUUUGAAACUUGAAGAUAUGUCUCACAAAGUAGUUGCAAAAAGACUACCUGAGUCUUCUCUUCUUGAAGAUAUCAUGUUGGGUCGAGAUAGUGAUAAAGAAGCUAUUCUUCAGAGGUUGCUAGAAGAUGGAGGCAAUCUCAAACAAGACUUUGUUAUUCCCAUCGUUGGAAUGGGUGGACUAGGGAAGACAACUCUUGCUUGGCUCAUCUACAAUGAUAAAAGAUUGGAAGGCAAGUUUGACUUCAAGGCAUGGGUUUGUGUUUCUAAUGAGUUUGAUGUUGCUCAAAUAACAAGAACUAUUUUAGAACAUGUAACUCGGAAAAGUUGUAAUCUUCAAAGUUUUGCUUUGCUUCAAGAGAAUUUGAAAGGGGAGUUAUCUGGGCACAAGUUUCUUCUUGUAUUAGAUGACAUUUGGGACAACAAAUAUGGCCAGUGGGAUGUCUUGAAGAGACCUUUCAUGUCAGGAGCUCCUGGAAGCAAAAUAAUUGUCACAACUCGAAAUAGGGAUGUUGGGAUGAUGAUGAGAGGAGAUGAUGGAGUUUACAAUUUAGAAUUGCUACAAGAUGAUGCUUGUUUGCCGUUAUUUACACGACAGGCAUUGGGGAAAGAGAACUUUGAUGCUCAUCCUAACCUACAAGAUGUUGGUGAAAAGCUUGUUAAGAGGUGUAAAAGAUUGCCAUUGGCACUAAAAACACUGGGUAGCGUCUUGCGAGGAAAGCUACAUCCUGGUGAGUGGGAAAAUAUAUUAAACAAUGAGAUAUGGAGUUCAUCAGAAUAUGGGAGUGGAAUUCUUCCUUCUCUGAGAUUGAGCUACAAUCAUCUUCCUUCUCACUUGAAGCGAUGCUUUGCUUAUUGUGCUUUGUUCCCUAAGGACUAUGAAUUUGACAAAGAGAAGUUGGUUCUAUUAUGGAUGGCUGAGGGCCUGUUGCAGCAACAGUCAUGUGGAAAGAAGCAAAUGGAAGAGGAUAUUGGUCAUCAAUAUUUUCAAGAGUUGUUAUCAAGAUCACUCUUUCAACAAUCAAGCACAAAUGAAUCACGGUUUGUGAUGCAUGACCUCAUAAAUGUUUUAGCUGUAGAGGUUGCUGGAGAUGUAUAUUGCAAUCUUGGAGGUAGCAUGGGUGAUGAAAAAUUAAAGAAGGCUCGUCAUUUGUCUUUCACUCCACACUUCCAUGAAAUCUCAGAAAGAUUCAAAGACUUGGAUAAAUUGAAGCAUUUUAGAACAUUCUUGCCGCUAAAAGCACUCAAUGACUACAGAAUGUUCUAUUUGUCUAAUAUAAUCUUGGUUGAUUUCUUGCCAACUUUAAAUCGCUUAAGAGUGCUAUCUCUUCACAGUUAUCAGAUAAGCAAGGUACCAGGUCUUUUUGAAAAGUUGAAACAUAUUCGGUAUAUUGAUUUGUCACAUACAAAAAUCAAAUGUCUACCUGAAUCAGUGGGUUCUCUUCUCUUCUUGCAAACAUUGUUAUUAUCUGGUUGUAAAGAGUUUACUCAGUUGCCUACAACGAUGGGAAAUCUAAUUGAUCUCCAUCAUCUUGAUAUCACUAAUACACCAUCUUUAAAAGAGAUGCCAUCAGAAAUAGGCAAUCUUAAAAAUCUUGUAACAUUGUCGAAAUUUAUUGUGGGGAAGGCAAGUGGAAUGAUGAUGAGAUUAUCUGCUUUGAAGAACUUGUCACAACUUCGAGGAAGACUGUUUAUUCUAGAUCUGAGAAAUGUUUUGCAUGUUCAAGAUGCUGUGGAGGCCAAUCUAGACAAGAUCCAUGGUUUGGAAGAGUUAGGCUUGGGGGGGUGUUGGAUCGCUCCUGAUAAUGAUCAAGAUGAAUUAGUACUCAGCUGGUUAAAGCCUCAUUCAAAUUUGAAAAGUCUCAAAAUUUUUAAGUAUGGUGGCAGGUGUUUCCCAAACUGGGUUUGUGAUCCAUUAUUAUUUUUGAAUUUAUCAUCCAUGGAGCUUCGCAAUUGUAGUAGAUGCACUUCCUUACCAUCACUUGGCCUACUACCUAUUCUCAAGAAAUUGAUUAUUCAAGGCAUGAUGGCAAUAAAAGCUGUGGGUCCUGAGUUUUAUGGGCGGCAUGACUCUUUUCGAUCACUGGAGGAGCUAGAGUUUACAAGCAUGCGAAAUUGGAAGGAAUGGACUUCUCCAAAUGGAAGUGAAGGUGAAUUCCCUUGUCUUCGUAGGCUUGUGAUUCAUCAUUGCCCUAAGUUGUUAGGCCAAUUACCUAGCAACCUUUUUUCACUUAAAGAGUUGGAUGUUAUUGGCUGCAAUGUGAAGCUUUUGAAGAGUCUGGUUGAUCUCACCUCACUCACUAAAUUUAGAAUUUAGCAAAUUUCAAAACUGACUUGCUUGCCAAAGAGUUUUAUACAGUCCUUGACAACACUUGAGAAUCUGUCUAUUGAAGAUUGCGAGGAUCUUACUUGUCUGUGGGAGGAAGGGGCAGAAAUAGAACAAAACCUCUCGUCUUUGAAUCUUAAGCAUCUUAGCCUUUUUGGAUGUGGAGCUUUGGAGUCGUUACCUGAUGCAAUGAUGAUGAGGAUGGAUGAAAGCAGUGGCAGCAACAGUAGUAUGUUGAUGUUGAGACUGGAAAGGUUGGAAAUUGAGGGUUGUCCUUCUUUCGAGUCUUUUCCAAGAGGCAAAUUACCCAUCUCGCUUAAACAUUUGAGAAUAGAAGAUUGUGAGAGUCUUGAGUCUCUGCCAGAUG